UGCUCUGUGGUCAUAUGUUGAUGUGUGCGAUGUGAUGAGAGAAUGUUUUGCAAUUUUGAAAAUUAAUUUUAGUUUUUGUGUAUAACUUAGAAACGAUUAUGUCUCAGCAAUUAAUAAACGAAAACAGUAAAUAUAUAUUAGACCUAUUUUCUGAACAAACUGUGGACUCCCAGAGCUUGGACUCGAUAUGUGCUCAAGUACAGAAAAGGUUCCCAAAAUCGGAACAUUUCAACUUAUGUCUGCUGCUGGCGUCUCUGAUCACGGGCGGGGACCUGUCCCUGCCGGGGCAGCGCGUGGUGGCGCUGGCGCUGCUCUAUGACAUCUACAAGCAACAGGAGAACCCGUUCAGCCCUCUGUUCUUGCACCUACUUGAAGGUAAACAAGGCUUACAGCCGCUAGCUCCACAGGAAAGGGUGUUUAUUGGACAACUUCAUGGGUACCUGCCUUGCAAUAUUAAAGAUGUACUAAAGAAGUCAGCAAAACAAGUGAUGACAAGCGAGUGGUCGGCCAAAGACGUGCAGUGGGACACGAGCCCCCUGCAAGCGAGCGUGGCGGAGCGGCUGGCGGACAUCAGCUGUGUGGCGCGGGCUACUGUGCCGGCUCUGGUGCCGCUUAGUGAUGGGAGCCCCCCAAACCGCAUAGCCCUCAAAGAGCUGCUCUCAGCCGUCAUGGGGUCUCCCUGCCUGCCGCUGCAGCGCACGCUGCGCGCCGCGCCGCCCGCGCCGCCGCCGCCGCCGCGCCCCCGCCCGCCCACGCCCGCCGCUGAUGAGCUAGUGUGGAAGAACCUGGUGUCCCGCGGAGCCCACAUCCCCCUCUAUGACCCGGGGACGGAUGGACUGCUGGGGCUGCGGCCUGAGGAGAAGAAACCAGUGCCUAAGGAGACGCCUAAGAAGUCCCAACAGCCCCCACAAGAAGAGAAGAAGCCCGCCCCUUCCCCCGCCACCCCCGCACCCGCCCCCGCAGCCCCCGCGCAGGACAAGCCGGCCGAGGUGAAGCCCGCCGAGCCGGCCGACCCCGCCGCAGAGGCCGCCAGACUUAUACAGGUGGCGCUAAAAGGGGCUCUCAGUGUGACGCAACAACAGACCCUGCUGGCUCUGCUGGACGCGCAGCCCGCGCUCGACAAUGUGCCUCUCACCCCGCAACAACCACAGCUCCCUGAACUCGUAGAGAACAACCCGAUGGUGGCCAUCUCCGUCCUACUGAAGCUGAUCCACUCACAGCAGAUUACAGAAUACUUCAGCGUGCUGGUCAACAUGGAGAUGUCGCUGCACUCCAUGGAGGUCGUCAACAGACUAACAACCUCAGUGGACCUGCCCGUAGAGUUCGUGCACCUCUACAUCAGCAACUGCAUAUCCACGUGCGAGACGAUCCGCGACCGAUACAUGCAGAACAGACUCGUGCGACUGGUGUGCGUGUUCCUGCAGGCGCUGAUACGUAACAACAUCAUUAAUGUCAAGGAACUGUUCAUCGAAGUGGAAGCAUUCUGCGUGGAGUUCAGCCGGAUCCGCGAGGCGGCCGCGCUGUUCCGUCUGCUGAAGCAACUCGACUCCGGCGACGCUUCACAUAAAGACAACAAAGACUAGCAGGCAGUGGCGGGAGAGAGCCCGAGUGCCUCAGAAUAAUAACGGACUUGGUUCCUUGUGCUGAAGGCAUAGACUAUUUGUUGAGAUGGGGGAUGCCAGGGAUUUGUGAUAAGUGCCUGUUUUGUCUCGCGUUGUAGGAGGAUUCGCCUUGAAGUG